GGACGGGGGUGGGGGUAGCAAUUUUUUGAGGGUCUAGGGGAGGCAAAUUUGUUAAUCUGGCACUGGUCUACAGUCACUCUUUGGGAGGAGGGAGCUCAGGCUCACAAACCCAGAAAGGGGGAAGCCAGAUAAACAGGAAGAAGCCCAUGGAAACAGCAGCAAGGACUGUACAGACCUUGGCUGCUUGUUAGAGGGUCCCUGGGCUGGAGCCCAGUGUAGAGGGCAGGCCUGGGUUCCCCGACCAGCCACUGGGAAGUGGUGCAGGGCAUGGAGAUGCCAGCCAGAUAACUGAUCCGACUCCGAUUUCCCUGGAAGGGGAGGACCUUAGUGGUCUGGGUGGAGGACCAAACCGCAAAGAGGAAGUUGCAGCUCUGUGAGUGAGAGGGACCUUGGGUGAGAUGGGUAGAGACCCUGCCAGAGGAGAGUGGGGCCUGGUCAGAGCUAAGCUCCAGAGUUGUGGAGGCACCACAUGCAGUCAUGGCAACCAUAAAGAAAACAGUCCUUUUCUCAACAGUUCGGAAGCUGGCAAGGGAAGUGAUUAUUAUGACAGAAACUUGGCCUUGUUUGAGGAGGAACUGGAUAUACGACCAAAGGUAUCUUCUCUGCUUGGUAAGUUGGUCAGCUACACAAAUCUCACUCAGGGAGCCAAAGAACAUGAGGAGGCGGAAAAUGCUGAAGGUUCAAAGAGGAAAGUAUCAAAAUCACCCAGCAUGGGCACGCUGAUGGGAGUGUACCUUCCAUGUAUGCAGAAUAUCUUUGGGGUUAUUCUCUUCCUUCGGUUGACAUGGAUGGUGGGAACAGCAGGAGUUCUACAGUCCUUCCUGAUAGUCUUAAUCUGCUGCUGUUGUACUAUGCUGACAGCCAUAUCAAUGAGUGCAAUAGCAACAAAUGGGGUUGUUCCAGCUGGUGGCUCCUAUUUCAUGAUCUCAAGGUCCUUAGGUCCAGAGUUUGGUGGAGCUGUGGGACUGUGCUUUUACUUGGGAACAACAUUUGCAGGAGCUAUGUACAUACUUGGUGCCAUUGAGAUUUUAUUGACAUACAUUGCACCACAAGCAGCAAUUUUUCAUUCCACUGCUGCCCAUGAUACAUCUAGUGCUACGCUGAACAACAUGCGAGUUUAUGGAACCAUAUUCCUCACCUUUAUGGCUGUGGUAGUUUUUGUAGGAGUGAAAUAUGUUAACAAAUUUGCUUCUCUCUUCUUGGCCUGUGUAAUAAUAUCCAUAUUGUCCAUUUAUGCUGGUGCUAUCAAGUCCAUCUUCGAUCCCCCUGCAUUUCCGAUUUGCAUGCUGGGUAACAGGACCCUGACAAGAGAUCAUUUUGAUGUUUGUGCCAAAACAACAAUUGUGGGCAAUAUAACUGUGGCCACCAAGCUCUGGGAACUCUUCUGUCAUACUUCUAACUUAACCACUGAUAACUGUGACAAAUAUUUUCUGCUCAACAACCUUACGGAGAUAGCAGGUAUUCCUGGAGCUGCAAGUGGCAUUUUAAAAGAUAAUCUGUGGAGCAAUUAUAUGGAGAAAGGAGAGAUACUGGAAAAAGCUGAUCAUCCAUCAGUUGAUGUACCAGGGCUGAAAAGCAAUCUUCACCUUUAUGUGUUUGCGGAUAUAGCCACUUCCUUCACAGUACUAGUUGGCAUCUUCUUCCCUUCGGUGACUGGUAUCAUGGCUGGUUCAAACAGAUCAGGAGACCUCAAAGAUGCGCAAAAAUCUAUUCCUGUUGGAACAAUUCUGGCUAUUGUCACCACGUCACUCGUCUAUUUCAGCAGUGUGUUACUAUUUGGAGCCUGCAUAGAGGGCGUUGUUCUUAGAGAUAAGUAUGGUGAUGCAGUGAACAAGAACUUAGUGGUGGGGACACUUUCUUGGCCCUCACCUUGGGUCAUUGUGAUAGGUUCAUUCUUCUCUACCUGCGGAGCAGGCUUACAGAGCCUCACUGGAGCCCCACGGCUACUGCAAGCGAUAGCCAAGGACAACAUUAUUCCUUUCCUAUGGGUUUUUGGCCAUGGGAAAGCAAAUGGUGAACCAACAUGGGCGCUUCUGCUAACAGCAUUAAUUGCUGAACUCGGAAUUCUUAUAGCUUCCCUUGACAUGGUGGCUCCAAUUCUCUCCAUGUUUUUCUUGAUGUGUUACCUCUUUGUCAAUCUGGCAUGUGCAGUACAAACACUUUUAAGAACUCCAAACUGGCGGCCCCGAUUUAAAUACUAUCAUUGGGCUUUAUCAUUUUUAGGCAUGAGUAUUUGUCUUGCAUUGAUGUUCAUUUCAUCCUGGUAUUAUGCUCUGGUGGCUAUGCUCAUUGCUGGCAUGAUUUACAAGUACAUUGAAUAUCAAGGUGCAGAGAAGGAAUGGGGCGAUGGUAUUCGGGGUCUGUCACUCAGUGCUGCCAGAUAUGCCUUGCUAAGACUGGAAGAAGGUCCUCCCCACACCAAGAACUGGAGGCCUCAAUUGCUGGUGCUUCUGAAAUUAGAUGAAGAUUUGCACGUGAAGUAUCCGAGGUUGUUAACAUUUGCUUCUCAGCUGAAAGCUGGCAAAGGUUUGACUAUCAUAGGGACAGUGAUCCAAGGGAAUUUCCUGGAGAGUUAUGGAGAGGCCCAAGCUGCUGAACAGACUAUUAAGAACAUGAUUGAAAUUGAGAAAGUGAAAGGAUUUUGUCAAGUAGUUGUAGCCACCAAGGUUCGAGAAGGAAUUGCCCACUUGAUACAGUCCUGUGGACUAGGUGGCAUGAAACACAACACUGUGGUUUUGGGAUGGCCGUAUGGCUGGAGACAAAGUGAAGAUGCGAGAGCCUGGAAAACAUUUAUAGAUACUGUGCGUUGUACAACUGCUGCCCAUCUGGCUCUGUUGGUGCCCAAAAAUGUGUCUUUCUAUCCUAGCAACCAUGAACGUUACAACGAAGGCAACAUUGAUGUGUGGUGGAUUGUGCAUGAUGGAGGCAUGUUGAUGUUGCUUCCUUUUCUACUGAAACAGCAUAAAGUCUGGAGAAAGUGCAAAAUGAGAAUUUUCACAGUAGCCCAGAUGGAUGACAACAGCAUUCAGAUGAAGAAGGACCUGGCUACUUUCCUUUAUCAACUACGAAUAGAGGCAGAGGUGGAAGUAGUAGAAAUGCAAAACAGUGAUAUUUCAGCUUAUACCUACGAGCGGACCCUAAUGAUGGAGCAGAGAUCUCAGAUGCUGAGGCAAAUGAGACUGACCAAAACCGAAAGGGAAAGAGAGGCCCAGCUGGUAAAGGACAGACACUCUAUAAUACGACUGGAAAGCCUGUAUUCGGAUGAAGAAGAUGAGGGGGAGACAGUACCUGAUAAAAUUCAGAUGACAUGGACAAAAGAGAAAUGUGACUCUGAAAAACGGAACCGGAACACUGCAGUGGAAAACUUCAGAGAACUGAUCAGUAUUAAACCGAACCAGUCAAAUGUCAGAAGAAUGCACACAGCAGUGAAGUUAAAUGAAGUAAUUGUAAAUAGAUCCCAUGAUGCCAGACUUGUUCUUCUCAACAUGCCUGGCCCUCCAAAGAACAUAGAUGGUGAUGAAAACUAUAUGGAAUUCCUGGAGGUUUUGACAGAGGGCUUGGAGAGAGUAUUACUUGUUAGAGGAGGUGGCCGUGAAGUCAUCACCAUUUACUCUUGAUUUAAUACAGCUUUCUGCACCAUCGCACAUUUACGUUCGUGAUGACAAAGGACAUUCCAGUUUUAAAUGGAGAAGAAAAUAGAUUUUCUCUCUUUCUCUCUCUCCUCCCCUCAAACAAACACAGACUUUCCAUCAUCCAUCCAGUCUCCUGAAUGACUUACUAGACUUUUCUCGCCAACCUUUACAGUACGCCAUAGAUCUUAGUACUGGUUCUAUUGGUUUUCUGUCAAGUGACACUCCAGUUGCUACAUACAUAUCUUCUGUAUUGCAGCAGUACACCAUCCAGCUGGCAACACAAGUGAAUCAUGAAUCUACAGUUUUACUCAUCUUCUGCUUUGAUGCUCUGGCAUUUGUGAAUGUAGUUUUAACACUAAACCUAUUUUUAGAAAACAGUGCUAACGAGCAGGGUUUUUAGAAACUGUAUAUAAAGUUAGGACUCGAAAGUCAGUUACUGUAACAAGAUUUUAAAACCUUUUAUAUUCGUUUAUGGGGAUAGGAUGACAUUAUAUAGUUAGUUUCUGCUGAAGUUCACCUAUAAUGCAUUUUCUAAACAAAACAGUAAGUUAUAAGAAGUGUCUGCCAACCUACAGUUUUGUGGGUUCAUGUCCAGAACUACAGUUCAAGUAUUGAAUAAGAAUUUAUACUUUAAUACAUUUAUAGAUUUAAAUAAAUUAUGUUGAUAUAGUUGAUUAUGUAUGUAGAUUGCUACAAACAGUGUGUAGCUUCUGAGACUUACAGUUCUGUGGAGGAGGCAGGUCCCUAUUUAUUUUUAUAUUUAUUUGUUAGAAACAUUGGAAACACAGAUGCAAACAGUCUAGGAGUUUCACAGAGAGGUUUCUUAAAUCAACUUCAAACCAUCAGCGGAUCGAAGAUAAGUCCUGUGCAGUUCUUCCCCAUUUAAAAUUCGUGCCGCCUAUCAUUGUAUGAUUCUGAGUAUAUUGAGAAUCUAGUACAUGGAAAUAGAGAUGCUGCAUUGCACACAGCAACGGGUUGCACUUGCACAAGUACAGAAGCUGCUUUUUUGUAGGCUUGUCUUUUACCAAGCCCAUUCAAUUAUACUUACUGUACAGAAGGAUCAUAUUUUUUCAAUAAAAUGUUGCAUCCACUUAAUUAUUAAGCAAUGUGGAGUUCUAUAUGCUGUAAUGCAAUAGCCAGUGUGCACACACCAUUCUUUCUAUUGUAUGGAAUUGGAAUUGUUCAACUACAGCUGCAUAGACUGCUAACUGUUAAAGAAAAGUUAGAAUUGACAUCCCAGCCAAAGUCUUGUCUGACAUUACCUGGUAUAUAAUACCCUAUAAUAGAUAAUUGUGUGCUAACAUAUUUAUGGGAGGAACAGAAGGGACUUUCUCUUCACCUUAACUGUUAGUGGUAGGCAUAUACGGAAGCAUUAAGGUUGAUACAUUUUUUAAUUCUGUCUAGGAUAGCAGUUGAUAUAAUCAUAUAAAUGUUUUGAUUUCUAGUAGCCGUGAGUUCCACAGACUGAUGAUACAUUGUAUUAAAAACUUACUAGUUUCCAAAUGUGUGACCCUCUAACUUCUUUCCUUCCCCUCUUCUUCUAUUGUAGAAAGAUAAUGUGCCACUUCACAUUAUGCAAGUGUUUCUUUGACUUGAUCAUAAUGACACCUAAGUGUUUUUACUGGAUGGUUACAAUUAAUACUGUACAAAAGUAUCUGUUAGUGAAAUGGCACGGGCUGGGAAUUUUUUUUAUUUAAUUAGGAGAUGCCGAUAUCUGUCCCUGUGUAUAUUGGGGUUGCUAUGGUGUGUAGCACAGUGUAACCUGGGGUGGAUAGAGAUGUCUUACCCAGUGUGGGCACAGAGGUAUCAUUAUGGAAUUAUAUCACGUAUUCUGUUUUCCUGAUCUCCUCUUCCUGUUGCAAGCACUCCUGCUCUCUCCGCUGCUAUCAGUGUAGCCCCGAUAUAAUCGGUGUGUGUAUGCCAGAACUCUGGUGAAACGAUCCAGCAUGUCAGGUCACUGACGGGUGGGUACUACAAUGAACUUCUCUUCACAUUUCCAUGCUUGUUCUUUCCCCCUUCUCAACCCCACUAAGACAAUUCACACCCUUGUUUAGGGAACUGCGUCCUUAGAGGGAAAGGACACAUGGGUCGCUCCCAGUAAAAUAUGUCUGAAAUAUGGGAUGGAGUUUUGAAGAGCACUGGCACAAUUAAGGACCCUGGGGCUUGCUCUGUACUGGAGAACUGAUUUUUUGCUUAAAAACUAACUGUACUGGAGCCCAGGCUCUGGAAGCAUGAAUCUGUGCUGUCUCAUGUGGACACCGUGUUUUAUGAAACUCACAAUGGAGCAGUAUUUUCCAUGAAGACCACUGCAGUACUCUGCUAUUGAAGCUUAGCUUGUAUAGCAAAAUGUUGAAGUUUAGACACUGAAAUCCACAGGAGGGAGCUAGAGUGCUAGUAAUUUGGAAGUUUUGUUCACUUGAAGAAACACAGUUUUUCGGAUGUUUAUAAACCAGUGCUGAGGCUCAAUUCUCAUUGAAUUUUUCAUGUUAUUUAUUUACAAAUGUGUCAGAGUACUGUAGGUACCUGGCAUGUAAUCAGAUGAAGAAACAAACCGCCCACUCAUUCAGACAAAAAUAAAUCAAGUUCCCCAUUUCUCCUAUGCAUCAUUCUAACAAUAUUUGUUUGUUUAGCAGUGCCUUGUGGUGUGCUCUGAAGGUGGACAGAUUAAAAUUACACUGGAGUAAUUAUACACUCCUCAUUUAGCCCCAUUUGUAUGAAGGUAUUGCCAAGGCUAGAUGCUUGGUUAAAUUCAGAGCUGUACUUUCAAACCAGGGGAGUGGUUGGUUUUCUGUGUUCAACAAGCACGGCACUUGCUAAAGCCAUAACAAUCUCCAAGACAAUCAUUUUCCUAAGAACUGGGCAAAAACAGCAGGCCUAAGAAGUAUCCAAGAAGAUGUCAUUCAAAGCUCAGUAAUUUUAGAGGAAACAAUGCCUGCUGCCUUAUUCCAAAUACCAGGUGCCCCCCAGCAUGAGUUUUGGUCAUGGCAGGCUGCAGCAGUUGUUACAACACAACAUGGCAGGUGCCAGGCCUGAAGACAAUCUCUCCCAAUAGCCUCUCACAUCCCAGUCUCCAGCCUCUAAUAACUGGGGUGCUGUGUUCCAUUUGUUCAACCCGAAGUGCUAAGAGAGCUGGUCCAUUUAGUUUUGGGGUUAGACUGUUCUCUGACAUCAUGCAUUUCAGGCCUCCCUUUUUUUUUUGUAGGACACAUGGCAGUCAAAGUCUGGCACACACUGGAAGCAAUGGGUCUGAGAGCCGUAGCCAAGGGUCGGCCCCCUCAUUAUCAUUAAUCUGGCGGUAUUGCAACAAAUGGCAUUGCAUUGUAGUGGUAGUAAUGCUGCAAGCUGCCCAUCCAUGAUGGCACAUUAACAACUUGGUCAAGCAUGGUCAAAUAUAUUUAGGAGGGCGUGUUGAGCAAGUAUGCUGUGGAGCCCCUGACAUUUGAUAUGGUAGCGAUUUGAUUAAUUGGAAGUGGAUGGGCAAACUGAUGCUCUGAGAGCUUGGAUUAGAUACAUUCUUUCAUGUUGCAGAAUCUAGAGGCUUAGAUAAAAAUCCAGACUUUGUGCAGCAAAUCUCACAAAACCAUACACACACACACACAAAAUAUCUGGUAUUUCUUGCUUUUCCAUUGGGCUUCAAGAAUGGACUUUCUCAGUAUCCACAUUUAGGUAUUUCUCUUCAGUGUCAGCCACCAGCAGAAACUGCAGCCAGGAGUGUGGAAAUGAAAAACAAAGUAAAUAAAGCUUUGAACACCCAAAAGUAGCUUCGUGUGAGGAUGUCUUGAUGUGUACACUCUCAGCUGGUUUGCCUACUUAUAAGUUAUUUUUGUAUGACUGAGAACAGAAAUUGGCCAUAGUCUGGCAGGACUUCAAAAUGCUAUUGGAUGACUGUCUUAAGGCAGGCUACAGAUCUACUUUUUCCUGAAGGUUUGACAGACAACAUAGGAAUAUACUGUUAGGUCGUAAGAACUAUUGGUCCUGGAAACAGUUAUACAAACUUUAAAUUAAAGACUUAAUGAGAGUAAUA